UGUGCACAUUUUUAUACACAAAUUUUUUUUAUACUGAGGAAUUAAGUCAAAUAAUACCAUAAUUCAGCUGUCGGCCAGAUUAAAUAUCAAGAUAUAGUCAUAUUAAUUGUUUAAUUUAUUUAUUCUAGAUCACACUGUUAAGUUUUGCUAAAUUAUUCUAUCAUGACUCUGUUUCAUUUCGCAAACUGCAUAGCUCUAGCCUAUGCACCUUACUUCAUGACUUACAAAUGUUCAGGAUUAGCUGAAUAUGGAGUAUUUUGGAAAUGUAUUCAAGCAGGGGCCAUGUAUUUAUUUACACAGCUCUGCAAAAUGCUUCUUUUAGCUACUUUCUUUCCUGCAACUGACCUUACAGGUCUUGGAAGAAUGGAAACAGUGACAGAAUUUCUAAAAGACACAGUAGAUGUUGCUGAUUUAAUAGGCCUCCAUAUAGUGAUGACUAAAUUUGCUGGCAAAGGUGAAACCAAAUUUCUGGUUGCUGGAUUAGGAUGGGCAUCUGCAGAACUUCUGAUGACAAGAUUAGUUCCUCUUUGGGUAGGAGCUAGAAGUGUGGAAUUCGACUGGAAAUACUUACAGAUGAGUUUUGACUCAAAUAUUAGUUUGAUUCAUCAUAUUUCAACAGCCACAUUAGUAUGGUUGUGGAGUCGACAUGAUUUAAGGAAAACUCAUCUACCUGUUGUGAUGGUUUUGUUAGCUGUUGGAUGUUACAGACCUGUCAUAAUUGAAUUAUUUCAUUCUAUUCUUGGAUUGGGAGCCUGGUCUGUCUUGGCAGUUAAAGCUUCAGCAUCCCUUUCAAUUGCUUUAUUAUCGAUGCAUAUCUAUUAUAGUUUAACACAAGGACUUAAUUCAUAUUCAUAAAUAUUUCAUGUUUUUGUAGAUAUUCAAAUAUAUUUUAUAUAAAAAGUAUUUAAAAUAAACAGUCAUCUCAAUCUGAAUUUUUAAUAUCUUCAAUGCAAUUCUUGCUGAGAAAAUCCAAGAUUAUUAUAAAAAUGAUUCAACAAAAUAUUUUUUAUAAGUAAUUUAUAUUUGAAAAUACCUGUAAAAGAAGACAGGGCAUCAUUUUGAAAGCAAAACGGUUUUAAUACUUAAUUUCUAAUUUUACUUAAAAAAAUAAAAGGAAUACUAUGCAACAAAAACUUUUUUCAAUUAAUCAUAUGCUUGUUGAAAAUUCAAAAAAUCCAAAUUACUCUAUUGUCAUAUACUUAUUGUAACAGUACAAUAUAUAAGUUUUCUAAUAGUAUUGGAAUAAAAAUAUAUGAUCAGUUUUUUUUU